GAUGCUUCUAAAGGGGUGCUCACGUGUAACGGGCUCGUGAAGGGAGGGGCGCCAGGAGACGUUUUCUACAUCUGUUUCCAUCGUUCAAGAUCCUCUGAAAAAAUACGAAGCAGCGAUGGCGGAGGCUCAUCAGGCGGUGGCGUUCCAGUUCACCAUCACACCAGAAGGCAUUGACCUGCAGCUGUCCUACCAGGCCCUGAACCAGAUCUACCUGUCAGGGGUCCGGUCCUGGAAGAAGCGAGUCAGCCGCAUGAAGAACAGCGUGAUAAAGGGAGUGUAUCCUGCUAGCCCGUCGUCGUGGCUCUUUGUUGCCAUAGGGAUCCUGGCAACCAUGUAUAUGCAGUCUGAUCCCAGCAUGGGGCUCAUCGCAAAGAUACAACAGCAUCUUCCUCUGAGUCUGCAUGUUUCUCUGAGCAGUCAGGGUCAAACCAUGGUGUCAGCUCUGGUCUUCAGCACCCUGCUAUGGCUCUCCCUCAUCCUCGCCCUGCGCUUCUGCCUCAAGCUGCUGCUCUCCUACCACCACUGGAUGUUCGAGCAGCAUGGGAGAGUCUCCAACACCACCAAAGUCUGGGUGACUCUGAUGGGGUUAUUUUCAAGAAAGAAGCCUUUGCUGUACAGCUAUCAAACCUCCCUUCCUCACCUCCCCGUUCCUGCCAUACAAGACACUCUGAGCAGGUAUCUAGAGUCAGUGCGCCCUCUGCUGACGGAUUCAGAGUUCCAGCAAAUGACUAAGUUGGCCAAUGAGUUUGAGUCGACCCUUGGACACCGGCUGCAGCGCUACCUAAAACUCAAAGCUCUGUGGGCCACCAACUAUGUGAGCGACUGGUGGGAGGAAUAUGUCUACUUGAGGAGCCGAGGGCCAAUAAUGGUCAACAGUAAUUACUAUGGCAUGGACUUUCUGUAUGUGACGCCAACAACAGUUCAGGCGGCGCGAGCCGGAAACACCAUCACUGCUCUCAUGCUCUACCGACGCAAAGUAAACAGAGAGGAGCUCACACCGAGUCGUGUUCCUGGCACCGUGAUCCCUCUGUGUGCAGCUCAGUGUGAGCGGAUGUUUAACACCACACGAACACCAGGAGCUGAGACUGAUGUGCUCCAACAUUGGCAGGACAGUGAGUUUGUGGCGGUGUACCACAGGGGGCGUUAUUUCCGGCUGUGGGUGUACCGGGCGGGCCGGCUGCUGACUCCCAGAGAGAUCGAAUAUCAGAUACAGAGAAUCCUGGACGACUCUUCAUCACCGUUUCCUGGAGAGGAGAAACUGGGAGCUCUGACUGCUGGAGACAGGAUCCCCUGGGCUCAAAUGCGGCAGCAGUUCUUCAGAUCGGGCCUCAAUAAGAAGUCUCUGGACGCCAUCGAGAAGGCGGCGUUCUUCAUCACGCUGGACGACGAAGAGCAGGGCAUGAAGGGAGACGACCCGGCGGGGAAUCUGGAUCGCUACGCCAAGUCUUUGCUCCAUGGCAAAUGUUACGACAGGUGGUUCGAUAAAUCCUUCUCCAUUGUGAUCUACAAAAACGGGAAGAGCGGCCUGAACGCAGAGCACUCCUGGGCUGAUGCACCAACAGUGGCCCAUCUGUGGGAGUACACACUGGCUACAGACGCCUUCCAGCUGGGCUACACUGAAGAAGGACACUGUAAAGGAGAGGUGGAUCUGUCGCUGCCGCCGCCUCAGAGGCUGGUGUGGGAAAUCUCUCCAGAGGUCCAGGCUCAGGUCUGCAGCUCCCUGGCAGUGGCCCAGGCUUUGGCUGACGAUGUGGACUGCCACGUCUUCCCCUUCAGGGAUUUUGGAAAGGGUCGCAUCAAGAAGUGCCGGAUCAGCCCCGAUGCGUUCAUCCAGAUCAGCCUGCAGCUGGCCUACUACAGGGACCGUGGUGGUUUCUGCCUGACAUAUGAGGCAUCCAUGACCCGCCUGUUCAGAGAGGGCCGCACGGAAACGGUCAGGUCCUGCUCCAAAGACAGCUGUGCCUUUGUCCGAGCUCUGGAGAGUGGACAAACGGAGGAGGAGUGCAGACGUCUUUUCAGACUGGCUUCAGAGAAACACCAGAACCUUUAUCGGAUGGCCAUGACCGGAGCUGGGAUAGACAGACACCUCUUCUGCCUCUAUGUUGUCUCCAAAUACUUAGGCGUAGAUUCGCCUUUUUUGCACAAGGUUCUGUCAGAACCUUGGCGCCUCUCCACCAGUCAGACCCCGGUCCAGCAGAUGGAGCUGUUUGAUCUGAAGAACAACCCAGAUUACAUUUCACUUGGAGGAGGAUUUGGACCUGUUGCAGAUGAUGGUUACGGUGUUUCAUACAUCAUUGUCGGAGAGGACCUCAUAAACUUCCACGUGUCGUCAAAGCACUCCUGCAGUCAGACUGACUCCCACAGGUUUGGAGUUCAGAUCCAAAAAGCCCUUCAGGACAUAAUGGCUCUGCUAUCAGCUGAUGCUAAAAGCUCCUCCUCCAAAGGCUCCACCCAACAGUAGUCCAAGAAGCUCCUCUAAAGCAUGUUAGCCUUGUUACCUCACAGUCCAAAAGCUGUGAUGGAACAGGAUCAAGGUAAUAUCAGGCAUCUCACCCUGAUGAUAAACAAUACCACUGAAAUGAGGUGUUGUUAUUGACAAAAGAUUAGAUUUCAGCUAAUAAAAAGGCUAUUUUUCUCCUGUAUAUCUCUGAAAGAACAAACGACAAGCCAACAGGCUGUUUUUUUAUUUUAUUUUAAAUUCAUGUUUUUAAACAACUACUAGGUAACAGCAGAAAGGCCUCUCCUUCCUUUAACAUUAGAAACAUAUCAAGCUAAUGCUAGCUCUUACGUUAGCUAUGGUAACUGCUCAGGAUUCUUGCUUUUCUGCCUUUAACUCCUAAACCUGGUGAAGCUACGAUAUGGCGACUUUUUAAGUAAGCCUGAAAAUGGCUCACGUCUAAGCAAGAGUCAGAUGGACAAAGAGGAGUCUCUUCUUUGUCCAUCUGGGAGAAAUCAAAGUAAGAAUGCAACCGCAGGCAGUACUGGUACGUCUUCACAAGAGCUAAUCAGGGAACAAUAGACUCACCUGCUGCCUUGUUCGGUGUUCCUUGGUUGUAGCGGCUUAGACUUUUUCUAGCAAGUGGUUAUCUUAGCUACUGUUGGUUUUAUUUCAUCUUAUUUCAUCACCAAGUCCUCCCAUCCACUUCUAGAUGCAUAAACAUAUUCCAAACAUAUUACUGUUUGUGUAAGGAUGCAGCUAAUAAUAAUUUAGUUAUAGAUUAAUCAAUUAUUCCGAUGAUCAAUUGAUCAAACGGCUAAAAGAAAACAUGCACAUUCUGCAUUUUUCAUUUAAGUCUUUUUUUAUGCAAUAUUAGAAAUACAUUUAAAAGUGCAAAUAAACAAAUAAUUAAAAAUAUUUUUGUAAUUAAGGAAAUAAACUUUUAUGAGCUACAAUGCAAUAACAGCAUACCUCCAGUGAAUGCUUGAUCAUGUGUAGUAAAAGAAGCAUCUGCAGCUAAAUUAUCCUUCUAACAACAUCACACCAUGUUUGCUUGACAUACAAAAACAGUGUUGGUCUGAUUUGUUGACUUUUGUUUUCAUUUAAUAAUUGGAUAUCAAAAGGGGCUUCAUUGGAGAUUUAUUUUUUUCAGAAUUUGAAUCAGGUGAAGCCAAUACUGCCCCUUGAGGAAUUCUGUAUGGAACAGAUUUACAGACAAAAUUAUUAUUAUUAUUAUUUUUUUUUUACAUUAAAUGCAAAGUGUAUGCAUGUUUUUGUACAGUUUUGCCUUAAUUACUGCUUUGAGUGUUGUUCUUUAAGCCUUUUUUAAAUUUUGUUUUGUUCAAUUACUAAAUUAGUUGACGAUUAUUUCAAUAAUUAACUGAUCAUUAGUUAAUGUGUGUUAACAGAAAUGCAUGUCUGUUAACACACAUUUGAACAGGUGUAGCUAAUAAAGCGGUAGUUGAAAGCAUAUUAAAGAAAUAGACACCGCUAGCAUACGUCACCAUGGUGAUUGUAGCUGCCAUUGUUCCAUUUUGAAGUAAGAUCAGUUCUCUACCAGGGUGAGAAGCCACCGACAUGUAAACAGUUAAAGCUGAACAUUGAUAAGAAAUCAAUCAGUGAUGAUAUCAGUUGUGAUAAAUACUUCUACUGCUUCCUACUCUCUCUGUGACCUCUCACCUCUUGGUCAGUGUUAUCCGUCAGGUGUGGAUACUCUGUCCAACAAGCUGAAAAUAUUACUGGGAUGCAAAGAGUGAAAUCCUGAAUAUAAAAGCCAACAUCUGUUACUUUCUAAACACUCCUUUGUGGUACGAAUAUUGUCCAUGUUUUCCCAACGACAACGAUCUCUGCUGCGUGUCGUCAAACGCUGAAGCUAAACCACAGAUAAAUUAGGAUGUUUGGCUUGAUGGCUCUUGAAAUUUGAACAACUCUUGAUGUAUAUUUUUUCUGAAUCUAAGAUAUUUUUAGAACAGUAUUUAGAGGCCACCUCCUAGGAAGUUAGUGUUCAGCAGCAAAGAGGGACAGAUGUCUGACGGAGAGCCGAAAACGUUCAGAGUGCUGGGCUAGAGUUCACAUUCGUGUACAGAAUGACGGAGGAGUUUGUUAAAAGAGAAGAUUCGCAUGUCAGCAUUUCAGUUUUCCAUGUCAAGUCUCAAGGAGAGACGAUUGAAUCCCUCCUCAAGGGCCGCAACCCCCAGGUUUAGAACCAGAGCUCUUAAUCCACAAGAUGUAAAUAUUGUAUAUAUCAGAUCACAAACAGAUGAGGAGAAAUUUGUUGGAACUCAUAAUAAAUAAAUGUAAAAAAACAAAAUAUUUUAUGUGCUGCAAUCCACCCUUCAGUAAUACCAAACAGGUGGUGUCUGAGUAUGUUACCAUUUAUACUGAGCUGUUUAGGGCAUAGAGGUUAGCAAGAAGGGAAAGAGAAACACUUUUUCAAAUGUGUUUUGCCAGUGAUUUGUAUUAUAAAGAUGUAGAUAUAAGAUUAGUUGUGUAGAUGAUGUGUCAGUAAUAGAAGUGGAUGAUUUAGUACACGUUUCCAUUGCUCUCAUUUAAUGUUUUUUUGUGGGAGGGCGUUGUGUAAAGCCCAUGAAUGCCUUUACUGUCUUUUAGGUUUGCAAAUGUAACUUUGAACAAGACUCUGAUCUCACCUGAGUCGCCACUCACAGUGCAGUAGUUGUCAUGCUCCAGUUUACUACUAACCACAGGCGGCUCCUCUUCGCCAAAUGAAACUUGCUCUUCAAUAGUCUUGAACUCAACACGGUGUAUAAACAUGUCAGGCAUUCCAGCCCUGGCUAUAAGCCUGCUGCCUGCAGAAGCAAACCCUUGUGCCUGUGUGAAAAUGUUUACUCUGCUCAACAGUAUCAAUGCAAAUGAAUGAAUCAAUGCAAACCCAGUGGGAAACCUCUUACAGUAAAAUGCUCAGCGGUUAUGUUUUAAUGAGAACUCGCUACAGUUUGGCCAGUUUGCUGCUAUUUGUAAUGUGGUGGGAAAACAACUUUAUCCAAGCUACAUAAGUCUGUUUAAUGUUUUAAGCUAAAAAAUGUUGUUGACUCAUGAAAUAUUUAGUGACUAAACAAGCAUUGAACACAUUCAGUUUUUUUUCUGUCAGAUUAUCCUUGCAGGAAGUCAUAAAACAGCUCAUCAUUAGCUGUGUUUCCGUUAUAAAUGUGUGUGAAACUUGGACAACAUUCCGCUCAGAUCAAAAAAACACAGUUUCCUAAUUGUGAUGUUUUUUUUAAAUGAGAAAUGUAACUAAAAUCACAGGUGAAUAAGUUUGUUCAUGCUAUGAGACAGUAAAAGCCAUUCUUCCACCACUUCCUAUCGUCUUCUUCUUCUUUGUGGUUUAUGAUAGUAGUAAUACCCCAGUGUUGAUCAUGUGACUCGGAUGACGCAAAAAAAUUGUUUCUAUUGCAGUUUUACAAAAUAAACCAAUUUUGAUACAGCUGGAAAAAAACCAACCUUAUUUUAGCACAAAAAUGUUUCAGUGAAAAACUUGUGUUUCUAUUAAGCAAUUUUAUUUUUCAUAAUUUCAAUUUGCACAGUUUCAUUGUUAAUGGAAACACAGCUAGUGUCAGACACAUAGAUACCGUGUAUAAGAAAUGUUUCUGUGUUCUGGGGGGGAAAAAACUACAGAUGGUUGAAAUGUCUGUAAUCCAUACCAUGUGAGUUUAGUUUCCCACCAAAUCUGAUGUUGAAAAUAUUCUAAAACUGCCACCUCAUCACGUUGCUUCUUAGUAGCUUGAAUAGAUUUUGUUUUUGUGAAAACCCUGAGGAAUCCCACUGGGUCCCUUUAGUUGUUGUGUUUGUCUAUAACUGCGUUCUUUUACUUGUACAACUGUUUCUGUACCAUCAACACAAAACACCAUUUGUGUGUCAGACGGCUUGACUAGCUGAGGACAGACUGAGAAAAGACUUUUUCCUGACUUUACCUUCCAGACAUUACUCAACAAAUACUUGAUGACUCUUCAAAAUUAGAAUCUCAUCUGUAAGAGUUUCUGACACAACAAUUGUUAUCUUGUUGUGGUUUCAGUCUCCAUUAAAUCAAGAUCUUCAACAAACAAACAUGCAUCCCGCAUAGUCCAGCACAUAUUUUGUCAAAUGUUUUUUAUUCAUAUGGUGCAAAAAGCUGUUUUGUUUUCUACCAUCUGACUGAAGUUUAUUCUUUUUGUUUUUCUCUGUCUCCCUGACAAAAGCAGAUGUGUUGAGUUUAAUUUUGUAUUCUAUUUCUAAAUCGUAUUGAAACGUCAGCUUGGUACUUUGUGAUGGUUUUUGGUUUGUGUUAAAAUAAAUUGUUUACUGACUAA